CGUGGCCGAGAGGCGGGACCCGCGCUCGGUUUGUGAGAGUCAGAGCCAUGGCGGGCUUGGUUGACUUCCAGGAUGAGGAACAGGUGAAGUCUUUCCUGGAGAACAUGAAGGUGGAAUGCCACUACCAGUGCUACCGCGAGAAGGACCCGGACGGUUGCUAUCGGCUGGUGGACUAUCUGGAGGGAAUCCAGAAGAAUUUUGAGGAAGCCGCCAAGGUGCUAAAGUUCAACUGUGAGGACAAUGGGCACAGUGACAGCUGCUACAAGCUGGGGGCCUAUUAUGUGACUGGAAAAGGUGGCCUGACUCAGGACCUAAAGGCUGCAUCUGCCUGCUUUCUGAUGGCUUGUGAGAAACCAGGAAAGAAGUCUGUGGAAUCCUGUCACAAUGUUGGACUCCUGGCACACGAUGGACAGGUCAAUGAGGAUGGCCAGCCUGACCUGGCAAAGGCCAGGGACUACUACACCAGGGCCUGUGACGGUAGCUACGCAGCCAGCUGCUUCAACCUCAGUGCCAUGUUUCUACAGGGUGCCCCUGGCUUUCCCAAGGACAUGGGUCUAGCAUGUAAAUACUCAAUGAAGGCCUGUGACCUGGGCCACGUCUGGGCCUGCGCCAAUGCCAGCCGCAUGUACAAACUGGGGGAUGGUGUUGAUAAGGAUGAGGCCAAGGCCGAAAUGCUGAAAAAUAGAGCCCAGCAGCUGCACAAAGAACAGCAGAAAAACGUCCAACCUUUAACAUUUGGGUAGCGUGUGGCCCACCUUCCCUUCCAAGCAACAGACAGCUUGACACUGGUACCUCUUCUGUGAGACCAGAUGAGACCUUGGAGGUCAGUCAGUGCCAUCUGCUCCCAGUGUCACUUGCUGGGAGUGGCUGGAAGUAUGUGUUUUAGUAAACAGUCAUUUGUGAGUA